AUGAGAUACUUGAUUGGUGCGGGAGUGCCUGUAAGCAUGGGAAGAUAUGGUACCUUCCUCGACUUCUUCGUAGGAAAAGCGGGAACGACUCAAUCCUCUUACGGUCUGAUAUCAGAGCUCAUUGAUGCCGGAGGCUAUAUCACGGACAACGCUGUGACCCCUAUCAAUCAAGGCGCUAUCCGUUUUAUAAUAUCCCACCACCCUGAGGUACGUCAGGCCCUCGCUGAUGUCAAAGCUGUCUUUCUUUCUCCUCUGGCGCGUCUCCUUAUUCAGGGAGACGAAGACGGACUUGCAAACCUGGUAGCGCGCAGGCAGCUGACUGGGACUCACCUCAUUGGAAACUGGUCCGCACUGGAGCUCGCUAUCGACUGGCCCGCAGGGGUAAAGAUCCUUCUUGGGAUAACAGAUGUCAUCCCUAGAGAUGUGAUCUAUUCGGCCAUUGGAGCCAACUGCCUCGGCUCGUUAAGUCUUUUACUCGAGGCAGGCGUACCUUUUCACGCGGACCAUAUUGCAUAUAGUGUUCGUUAUGCGAGUGACAAAGUGACAGACCUCCUGGUUGACGAGUUGAUCGUUAGACGAAAGCGACUACGUGACUUUGCGAUGAGUACUCUUCCCGAACAUGUAUGCCGUGAUCUGGGAUUGACAAACCACUCUCUACCCGAUCUGAAUGCGUUCAAAGUCUACGAAACACUUCAAAGAAAAGGCAUAAUUAGAGAAAGAAGACUGGAUCCGUGGAGGGCCCGACCUUAUAUUCGAGGACCCGACUCUCAGCCAAAACUCGAGGAUCAUUAUGACUCCGUCUUCCAUCAAGUUGGGCUGUCCUGUCAGGUUAUGCAAAAGCUGUAUGAUGCUGGCUUGACCGAUAUCGACACGCCUGACACGGAUGGACGGACACCGUUGAUGUGCACAACCGAAGCAUUGUCGCUAGGUCCAUUUCUGGAUAGAGCCAGAUGGCUGAUUUCGAAAGGUGCGAAUCCUAACCGGCUUCUGCCGGGCACAGCUACUCCCACAAUGCACAAAAUCGUCAGCACCAGCAUGGUUCUGAUUCAGGAUCUCGCUUUUGUCGCUUCGAAAGGAGUGAUACCCCAGUAUGUGGAUAUCCAACUCGCAUGCAUAGAUCGGGAAAAUCGAGCAUUUCUGAUAAAGGCAAUCACGGAGAACAAGCACGAUGGCUGCAGGUGCGCUUGCUCAAAGGAUGGAUGCACGCCACUCUCAGUCACUUUACGAAACCUAGCGAGAACCUCCUUGGGGAACUCAGCGGAACUGGCACUUCACAUUGCAUUGAAUCUGCUCCAGCUCGUACCCCCAUCCUCUGAUGUAGCCGAAACAUUUAUUCGACUGAUGACCUUUGAGGAUCUGGACCUCGCUCACACCUGCUGUGAUUGGGAUGAUGAAGCCGAAUCUGUCCAAUUUCGUCAAGAUCCAGAUGUCAUAGAAAAAGAGCAAGAAGAGGCGAUUCAUGCAUUCGAAGAAUUAGUUCAAGGAUUCAUGGACCAGUACAACAGGCUCGGUCUGCCUCUGGUGGAAUUUCUGCGACAACAUUGGUGCGUACGGAUGCAGGAUUAUCUCCAAGGGCAGACUCCCUCCGACGAAGAGUUAGGCCAGAUAAAAGAGCUCGGUGUCGAAAUUCUCCCCGGUUUACCAUUCACAUCGAACUCGUGGUGCGUUUUGAUGCAGCCGAAGAUCACGGAGAUUGUCAAUACCUAG